CCGGGAGUUUCCGAAAUCCACACUCGGUGACUUCAACUGAACAAUGUUUAACAUGAGCGAUCCCCAAUCUCUACAAAAACACGCACAGAUCCUGAAUCCGAAACAGCCAAGGAGAAGAAAUAAUAAAAAGAAAAGGAAUCAUUGGGACAAUUUACCGCCAUCAACUCACAUUCAAACUUGAUUGACAAGAGACACUUUUGAGGUCUGGUGUGCUAGGUGUGGGAGCAUAUCGUGUUGUGUCUGUGGAUAGCGACUGAUUGGAUGAUGACUGCGGAGUGGCUGUAUCCCCCUGGCGUGGGGCCGCUGUGUGGUGCAGAGUUGGAGGCGUGGUAUGAAGACCUGCAGGAUAUACUGGGCUCCGAUGCGGGCGGGGCCAAACUCACAAGAGCCCCACCUUGCUCCGAGAAGGAGCCUGAGUUUCUGGAUGUGUUGGAGAGCUGCUCGCUCACUUGGCUGACGGAGGGCCAGGUUUGGGGCGACGGGGUUCAACGGGUCACCGACGAGCCACCCAUCGUCCACUCGCCGGCGCGACAGGAUGAGCAGAGAGGAGGCGAACCGGAGCACACCUCGUCCGGAGGAGACCUGCUUCCACCAGAGUUCUUCGAGCUCCUCAGCGAAGGCGGCGUCGGAUCGGUGGAGACGAUGUACCAUGUUUCCCAUCACGAGUCUCCUUCUCCGUCCGCCAGCGAAGAGGAGGAGCUCCCGACCGUCCCGGACACAUCGUCCUGCUCCUCAGCGUCCCGCUCGCCGUCUCCUCCCGUCUCCACCGCUCGCCCGGGAAAGAGGAAACGAGGAGGAGGAGCGCCGUGCUCCCCGUCCCCCGGGAAGAAGAGCCGACGGGAGCGCGAGCAGGAGAACGAGAGGAAGGUGCAGGAGCUGACGGAUCAGAACGAGCGGCUCAAAGCCGAGAUCGAGCGUCUGGGAGAGGAGGUGCAGCGGACGCGCCGGGCGCUCAUCGAGAGACUCGUCAACACCAGGAGGUGAAGGAAUCGGCAGUGACCGGGAAAUGCACGUUAAGAGGGAGAUAAAAGACACGUGGGACAGAGAGAGGAGGUACGCUGAGCGACUCCCGUCGAGAGAGAAAGAGGAAGUCAGAUUGAGACGGAACAAACUCCACCCGAAUGUGAAGCACAGAAGAAGAAAUUCGGUUUUUGUUCAGAAAAUAAAUGAAGAUUUAGUGACAUGCAUUCAAAGGCAAAUGCUACAAUGUAUGCAUGAUACAAUUUAACAAA